AUGAGCCAUGAAACUGUUCGAGAAACUAAGACUCUGCAGGUCCAGUUUGUCCCGGAUGAGGAUGUCCUGGAACACAUCAGUGAAAAGCAAGAAGGUAUGAAAUUCUCACAAUAAUCUUUGCUCAGGUUAAAGAUCAGGAGCUGGUGUGUGCUGGACUGUAUGUGUAACAUCUGUCAUUUGGGAUUACCGGCUAUUUCAGACCAUGAUCUAUCACGUGGUGCUCAACAAUAUGUAUUGUGCAUAUAUGAUUAGAAUUUUAUUAGCUGAACUCCAUAUUCAUGUAUACCAAUUUUUACAUAAUGCUAGGUAAAAACUCUUUGAAGGCUAUAACUACAUUAAUCCAGUAUGGGGUUAUCAAACUUCCAUCCUUAACCCCUUAAGGACCAAACUUCUGGAAUAAAAGGGAAUCAUGACAUGUCACACAUGUCAUGUGUCCUUAAGGGAUUAAAGGAACAGUCCAGGCUACUGCUGAACACAAUUUUUAAUGCAUGGCAGAAAAUUUUGAAAAUAUUAAAACAAAAACACUUGCCUUUAAAUAUCCUGUUUGUGGAAAGUUCUCUUAAAUUACAACUUCUGCAAUUAGCUUUGCCAGAUUACAAAGUAACACAAAUCAUCAUAUGAAAAGAAUAUGAUGUAAAUAUGGUAUUUCUGUUCACCAUACAAACAACGCAAUAAACUUGCAGGCUUCCCCAAACUCUGGCCCUCCAGAUGUUGCUGAACUACAACUCCCAUGAUUCUUAGCCUAUCUAUUUCAUUCAUAGAAUCAUGGGAGUUGUAGUUCAGCAACAUCUGGAGGGCCAGAGUUUUGGGAAACCUGCAAUAAAGGAUCAACAUCUAUUGUUUACAAGGAUAUUUGGCUGGGUUCCCUUUAUAUCUUGUCCUCUUCUACCUUUUAGUAAUUGUGGAGGUUCACAUAUACAGAUGAAAACAUGUUCAAUUGCAUAUAAAUUAAUAAAGAAUUUGUGAUUUUAUAAAUUUUUUAUUAAUGUUAGGGAUUCCUUUCUAGUACUCCCAUUGUGGAUGAUUUUUAUUAUUUUUUUUUUUAAAUAUAUGAUGUUUUGUGUUACUACUGUUUGGGUUAAGCCCUUCUGUUAGGAAUCCCUUUUUCACGAUCGUUUAAGUCUUCUUCUUUUUCUGUAGACCAAUUUUAUUUUUGGUUUUCUCAGAGUAGAAAGAAGCUGAAAUAUUACAGCCAAUAAUGGGGCUGUUAAUAUUUUCUAUUUAAGUACAGAAGUAUUGAGCAGCUGUUCACAUACAAUUAUGGCUGAAACGGGUAAAAUAACUUUUUAUUUCUAUGUGUGUGUGAUCACUACGUAUAGAGUUUAUAUAGAGAAAUUGAAAAAUGUAUUAUGAUGUUUGUAUGAGAAAGUCUUCAAAUUAUCGUUUACUUAAAUGUUGUUUUGGUUUAGAUUUUUUUUUUCUUCUUCAAUUUUCCCUAGGGGUAAAACUCCAAAGUAUCACUGCAGCUCAGCGUAUUGUCAAUGUAAAGAAGUUAAUUAAAAAAGUUGAUGAGAUCUUUGAUGAAGAAAACCCACAGGUCUGGAAAGAACAAGAUUAUGUGGAAGUGUUGGGAGCGAAUACUGAAGGUAGUUCAAUAAAUGUCCAACUUGGUUUUUUUGUUUGUUUGUUUUUUUUUUGUCCACGUGAGUUUGCAUCAAGAUUUAGGUUGGUCUCUUAAUAUUGCAAUGUUUUAUAUUUGCAGAUGCCAUUAAGGAGGGCUCAGUGGCAGGUGGCGGGGAAGUGUAUUCCUUCUACACAAUUAAGCGUUCAAACAAGAUGGCGAAGCUUGGUAAGUAGAUUCAUGCGAAUUUGAAAUAUAUAUAUAUAUAGAGCUCAAAUGUUCCACUCGCCAUUGGUGAGUGAAAACGUAGCACAAUUGAAUAGAGAUUCACUCCUGUGGUGUAUACCAUGGCUGGUUGUGGCAAGUAUCUGUUAAGGCCUUGCUAGUAGCAUAGGACUACAAAUUUCUAAGUCAUGUAUAUUUGUAUCUGGAAAGAAAUUAAGAGGCUUCUGCUAAAUUAUCAGUUUCUCUGAUUUUACUUCUUAUAGGUAUGUGUUUGAGUAAAAUGAAAAUUUUUAUUGUAUUAUUUAAACUACUGACAACAUUUCUAGCAAAAUCCAAAACAAAAAAUAUUAUAAUUUUGAGCACUUAUUUGCAAAAAAAUUACAAUCCGUCAAAAUAAGAAAGGUGCAGUAUUUUCAUACCUUGUAUAAUGCAAUGGAAAAAAGUUCAUAUUUGUUUUUCAAGAAUACAAUACUAAUGUUUUUACUUAGGAAGGGUUCAGAAAUCAAUAUUUGCUAGAAUAACUGUGAUUUUAAAUCACAGUUUUCAUGCGUCUUGGCAUGCUGUCUGCUGGUCUCUCACAUUGCUGUUGAGUGAUGCUAUACCCCUCCUGGCGCAACAAUACUAAAGCUAAAGUGUGAAUUGCAUGGUAUUAAAAAUGCAUUUAACAUUUUGGGCCAAAUUUGAAAAACAUUUUCAGUUUGCACAUUUUGGUCUUUUUGUAUUUACUAAUCCUUAUAUUGAAGAACUUUUUGUAUCAUUAGCAUCGGAAAUGGCCAGAACACCUGGGAAGACGGUGACAUUCUCUUCAUCACAUAGUCCAGAAAAAGAAACGAGUCCACCGGCUAUUACUAAGAGUAUGUAUUGCUUAAUAAUCCACCUUUCUGUGUCAGUAAAUCGACCUGUAUACUGCAUAAACUGAAAAGAGUAUAUUUUUAUACUUAUCUUAUCCUAUCAACAGAACAAUCUGCAACAAACAAAACUCCAUCUAAGGUAAGCAGAAAUCUUAUCCUAUUCAUUUUUUUUUUUGUGUAUGAAGUGUGACCCUAGUACUAAACCUAUCAUUUGAUUAGGAUUAUACGAAUAGAGUGAUAGAUGUAAUUUAAAGGAACUCUAUAGGCACUCAGACCUUUUCAGCUUAUUGAAGUGGUUUGGGUGGAAUGUCAAUGUCCCUGGAGAAGGAGUUUCAUUAAAAACAUAAAUAAAAACUGCACGUACACAGAAGAGUCAUAUUAAAGCAGAAUUGUCACUAGUGAGCGUUUUGUUUUAUCUGUAGUUAAAUAGCUAAUAGUUGGCAAUUGGUUGUGCUUAUAAUAUUUCUUGAAAGAAAAUAUCACUAGUUUGCUUUUAAUUCACAUGCCGCACUGGGGACUCCGAACACAGCAUAUAAAUUAACUUAUAGUGAAAAAUGCAAGGCACAUGUGUGAUUACAGCACAACUGAAGCAUUUCUCUGUAGAUGUGCGAGUGCAAAAUGUGAUGAUGGAAGGUUUUAUAUUAAUUUAUUUACUUUUCCCUUUAAUUCUUUAUUUCCGUGCAGAUAAAAUCAGACAUAGUACAAAGAAAAGCACAUAGUCAUACCUUUCACCUAGCAGUAUCAUAAUUUCUGUGGCAGACGAUGGAAAAAAAACAAAAACAUUUUUAAGCCUCCAUCCUUUGCCACAUUUUGCCAGAAUUAAGCUUGAAUAUGGGACAAAGAAUGUUAAUAUUUCUUUGUAGUCAAAGCGGAGCUUCAGACUUGUACCUAGAGUGUAGCUGUGACACAAGCUCUGUUCAUUGGAAUGACUGGGAAUAUUUACUGCUAAGAUGGAAAACUAAUCUAUUUAAAAUUAAUUCCUUAUGUUUUAAGGUCAGAAAAAAGGAAUUCAUUUCUACAACACCCCACCGAUUAAGGAAAAGACUGGCAGGUGUGUGAAGGGAAGGGGGUUUAAAUAUAAAUAUUCAUUUAUGGCUCUCCCUUGGAUUACCCAUCAGACAUGAUCCUUUUUUUUCCCCUUUUUUUUUCUCUAAAAAAAAAAAAAUGUGAUUUAGCUACUGAUAAUACAUCCCCCUAAUUACCAAUUGAACCUAGCUGAAAGCAAACUAACAGUUAAAAAAAAAUACCCCCUGACCAGGCCACAAGGGUCAAGGCCGACCAGGGAGAUCAAAGGAUGCAGGGCCGAUGCUAAGUUAACACUGCCUAAACAAGUCCUAUUAUGGGCCUGUGUGGAGAUCAGAGAUCUCCCUCACUGGGCCAUUACACUGUCAUGCCGAGCGGCAUUGGGAUCAAAUAAUCUCCCCACCAGUGCCGUUGAGAUUAUUUGCUCUCGGCAUUGGGAGCAAAUAAUCUCAAUAGCACUAGAAGCCCAGUUACCAUGGCAACACUCUCACUAUUGCUAGAGCUUGACUGAAACAAUCAGCAAGAGAGCACACUGAGUCCACCGGACCACUAGGAUGUCCCUCUCCCUUGGCCAAAGGUAACAGAAAAAACAAAAGAGAGGUGGGAAUAAAAAAUGUUUAAAAAAUAAAAUAUAUAUAUAUUAUUAAUACAACAACCCCUGUUCAUACAUACUAAAGCCCCCUACACACACACACAACACCAAACACACUGUGUGCUCUGUACACCCACUACAGACCAUAUGCAUGCACAUUAGAUGCCCCUAGAUGCACACACACACACUAAACCGCUCCAUAGACAAUUACAUACACAACACCCUCUAGACACACAAACACUCUUUACAGCCCCUAGACACACACUACUCUGUACAAAAAACUUAAUCCCCUAUACAUAAACACACACACGACAGCCCAUGUGUGACGAGAGCAAUCUCGCCACAUUGCAUUGGAGAAGCCUGGUUGCCCGCCUGCUGCCUUUAGACUAUGGCCCCAUGUUGAAACGCUUGAUUUUCCCCUGCAUAGACAUGAAAGCCGGGUCAUUUGGUGCUUGCCCUGUUUGAGCGGUGAUACCCCAGAUAGCUAUGCCAUGGAGCCCAUUCGUAUAAUGAAAGACUAUGGGAAAGACUUUGGCUCCAUGGCAAUUGAACUGUAUGUGUGUGCUCUGAGUGCCAUUCAGUAAUAAUGUGCGCUCAGAUCUGAGCUAUCUGGGGAUAUGUUGAAUGUGCCUGUUUUGUGCAAUGGCUGCACAGUUAUGUUUUUAUGUGUUUUAUUGUCUUUUGCUGCCAUGUGUUCAAUGGAGUUUUGCCUCUGUCCUUGGAGAUAAUUGGAUUACUUCACAAUUAUCUCCAGGAUAGAAGACUCUGUGGAACUGGUUUUGGGCAGAAAAGCCAUGCUUCCUUUGGUCACAAAGGACUACGAUCUAUCUUUUGAACCACUGGACCAAUCUGUAUGAUUUUGACGUAUGUUUGUAUUUGGAGUAUGCUGAUUCUGAAAAUGUAUGUGAAUGUGAUGCAUACUUUUCAAGUUAUGAAUAAUGUGGAAAAAUUGUAUUUCUCUGCUUGUUAUAAUUACAUUACCCAUUGUGUAAGGUAAUUGAAUCACAGGCAGAGGGGAGGAUUUUGUGUGGGAGUGUCUGAGUGUAUUGUAUGUGGUUGUGUUCCAAAACCCUGUGGGUGGUACUAAUGUGUAAGAAAGUACAUAAGCACAAUAAACCCACAGCUCUGUCUGUUCACUGCUUGACCCUCAACAUGGAGCUUUGUCUCGUUCUUGGGGGGAUUUAUUGUAUGCUGUUCCAGUUUGACUGCUAGGAGUGUAAACUUAUUCGUUUGGUUUUUCCUAUUCGGCUGUUUACAGCAUUCAUAUGGUUUCCUGUUCUGCGGAUUGGUGUUCUGCAGUAGCUGUGCCUGUGUCUCUGGAAGGGAAGAUCUACUAAAUGGCGGUUUAACCCUUUUAUGCUAAGGGUGCCGUAACACUCACACAGCAGCCCCGAUACACAUACAUGUACACUAUACCCCAUAGACAAAUACACACUUUCUUUCUUGCUCUACAACUGCUAGACAAACACACACACGAUCUCUAUAUCUCCUACAUGCACACACUUUAUAGCUAGUGGAAGCACAUGCGCACUACAGUCUCUAAGCACAUAUAGUACACCACAAACAAUCACCUCUACACAUAAACCUAAUACCACAAUCCGUCUCCAACCACAGACAGCCUCCCUACACAUGCACAACACCUUUUUCUGGCCAUGUUCCACUUUUGUCCUCUGGUAUCCCUCUUAUAGAGACUCUGUGUAAAACAAGAACUGCUCUUCAGCAGAGCUCUAUGUAAGCGAUGUCCUGGAGGGACAGCAAACUAACAUGCACUUUGAGGCGGUGUGUGUGUCAUUGCUCAUGACAUGACAUGCCUCCUAUCUGUUCCCUCCCCCUCCUACUGGGCUGCUUUUGCUUUAAAUGCCUGGGAUGAAUAAUUUUUACAGUUCGGCCCUGCCCCUGAAUGUGAGGUUGGCAACCUACUGCUAAUUAAUGCGGCACGAAUCCCCUCUUUUAGUUUUUUUAAACCCCCCCUCCCGACUCCACUACAUCCAACUGAUCCCAUAGUUACCCCCAAAUGCCCCUAAGUCCCCCAUAUUACCUAUUUUUAAAUCUUUAUUUUGUGCCCGGACCUAUGUUAAGGGCGCCUCCAUCGUUGUGUUGGUAGAUGAAGUCCCUGUGGGACACAUCACCUGCCCACACUAGAUAGCGCUGUGAGAUUCCCUCACAUGCCCAGUUAAACACUUGGGUGUGCGAACGGGAAUUUAAUCUAUUCAUUAAUUCGUCAGAAAGACGAAGGAAUGAAUAGACAUGUCAGACGAACAAACACUGAAUAUCGUGUUUUUUCUUUUUCGUCUGAUUUUUUUUUUGCACUCUUUUUUUAAUUUUAUUUUUUACAAGUUCGACGGGUAUUAUGGUUUUUAUUUGGCCUUUUUUGGGGCUGAAAAAUUAAGAUUUUAGAAAAAAGAAGACAUCAAAUGGUAAGUUUCAUUUUUUUUACAGGUAGUUAGUUCUUUUAUUCCCCCCUCACUAUUUUUAGGGUGAGGGUUUAGGUAGGGGAUUAUUUUUAAUUUGAGUGGGUGGGGGGGAUUCUAACUCGAAUGGAGAAACUGUUCUCAUUCUGUUAGGACGCAAUUCGGCAGUUUUGCCGGCGUCCUGUCUAAAUGAGAAGCAUCGCAAGAACACUGAGGAAAGGUAAGAAUUAUGGGAAAAUUUCUCUGACCACCAGAAAUGAAGCACACUUUGCUACUCCGCUGGUCAGAGAUGGUCAGGCUUAGGAAACCUCCAUAAGACAAGUAGUCCAGUCUUAUAUUCUAAAGAAAACUAGAGCAGACAGGAAGAAAUGAAGAAACGGUGAUCCUGACAGAGGGAGAGAAGAGGAAUCGAUUAAAGAAAGGUAAGUUCAGCAUGAUAGUGCCAGUUUAAGUUAUGCAUUUUGGUGAUUUCCAAUUUAAUUGUCUUUUUGUGAUCAUUUAGUGAGUUAUUGUACCUGUUCUAUAAGUACUAGAGCCCUCAAAAGGGCAUGUAUGAUUAUUGGAGGACAAACUCACUUUUAGAUGACUUGUGAAAUCAUUUAGCUUUGUGUCUGGUCUGUUACACAGCUCCUAAUUUAAGAUCUGACAGUGAAAGCGAUUACUCUGUUUCUGAAUCUGAUGAGGAACUAGAGGAGGUUACUUCUCAAUCCAAAACACCAAGCAAAGAGUCUCAGACCCCUAGUAAAACUCCAUCCAAGAAAGGAAAGAAAAAAGCUGAAGUAAGUAUAUUUUUUAAUACCAAGAAUUGUCUUAAGACACCUAGAGAAUAGACUUAUAGUGUAUGUUACUGUCACAAUGUUAAGGACCAAGAUUCAGUUUAUUCUUUUUAUGUUUAAAGGAACACUAUAGUCAUCUAAAUUACUUUAGCUAAGUAAAGCAGUUUUAGUGUAUAGAUCAUUCCCCUGCAAUUUCACUGCUCAAUUCACUGUUAUUUAGGAGUUAAAUCACUUUGUUUCUGUUUAUGCAGCCCUAGCCACACCUCCCCUGGCUAUGAUUGACAGAGCCUGCAUGAAAAAAAACUAGUUUCACUUUAAAACAGAUGUAAUUUACCUUAAAUAAUUGUAUCUCAAUCUCUAAAUUGAACUUUAAUCACAUACAGGAGGCUCUUGCAGGGUCUAGCAAGCUAUUAACAUAGCAGGGGAUAAGAAAAUCUUAAUUAAACAGAACUUGCAAUAAAGAAAGCCUAAAUAGGGCUCUCUUUACAGGAAGUGUUUAUGGAAGGCUGUGCAAGUCACAUGCAGGGAGGUGUGACUAGGGUUCAUAAACAAAGGGAUUUAACUCCUAAAUGGCAGAGGAUUGAGCAGUGAGGCUGCAGGGGCAUGUUCUAUACACCAAAACUGCUUCAUUAAGCUAAAGUUGUUCAGGUGACUAUAGUGUCCCUUUAAGCACCAACGUAAUUUGUGUUUACUCUGCUAAUACUUUAUUGGAACAUUAGUUGUGUAGUAGCUGUCACAUACCAGACAGGAGAGUUCUUAGUAUAGAACCCUCUAGCAUUUCAUAUGUUAUAUAGAAAUAAGGAUACAAGCCCAGGAAAUUUCUGGCAAUAUCCAACUGACUAGCCACAUCAGUCCCUGAGAGGACAAGAAUGUGGGGAUUUUCUAAAGUAUUAUCCUUAACCUAACUCUAAUCAUAACCCUAAUCCUAAAAGAGAACAUGUAGGAAGCUUAAGAUAUAUGAGAAGUGUCAAGGACAGACACUGGGGAUAACCUUUGUUGAGACUUGUAAAUAAGAAAAUGAGAGAGCAUGAUCAGUCCUAAUAGUAUCACUAAUAUAAUAAAGAUGACAAAUAUAAAAUAUACCAUUUAAUGGGUAUCGUUAAAAAAGGUAAUAACCUCAAAACACGGGGGAAAAAAUGGGGGAAUUAAUAAAAAUUCGCUAUACAAUUACUAUAUAGUAGAAAGUAUCUAAUUGGUAGAAAAUCACUAAGAAUAAAGUGUAAAUAUACUGGUAUCUAGAUUGCCCUACAAGUGAUAUGUUGUAAUGAGAAUUGUAACAAUGUGAUCGAGUCCCUAGAUAGGAAAUGCAACUGAGUAGAAAAAAGUAGCAAUCUGUAGCAAUAAUCAGUACAGCUACAAUAUAUCUUGUGUGUGGCAAACUAGAAAGAAAACAAGGGGGUAAGUAAAUCCUAAUAAAAGGGGAAUAUCGCCUACAUGUCUAGAUAAAUCAGAAUCUAGACCGGGGGAUAAAUGCCUUUUAGUAUAUCUAUUUAGCAAAAGUGAAUAUAAUGACAGUGCAUAGAAAAAGCAGUAUAAAGGGUGGGAUAAGUAGAAUGCAGUAUAUAUACAGGGUACAUUGCUGAAUAUUUGAAGGUUAGCAAAGUUAAAGUAUAAGUAAUGGUCGCUGAUUAGAUAUAAGAUAUAUAGGAGCAGUAAACCUUGAGACAGUGCUUAAAAACGCGAUAAAAAUAAAUAAAUUGUAAUUCCCCCUCCCCCUUUUCCCACCCCCCUUUUUUAACGAUACCCAUUAAAUGUUAUAUUUUAUAUUUGUCAUCUUUAUUAGAUUAAUGAUGCUAUUAGGACAGAUCACGCUCUCUUGUUUUCUUAUUUAUAACCCUAAUCCUAUCAAUAGUGUUCGGAUUAGGGUAGGAUUGGGAUUACCCAGGUAUUUGAUAUCCGCAGAGGGAAUCCCUUAUAGCUCUCUGCACUUUACAAUUGCAGUAUGAGAGGGAUUAUUUCCUUCUAUGCUGCUAAAUCAUAUUAUGACAAGUUAUCAGAAUACUAUUUUUAAUGUUCCCUGCAGCCAUUAUAACUCACAGGACAGCUUGCAUAACAGAGUACUGAUCCCCCUCUGCUGCAGGGGCUCACAUUGAAAUCUUGCUGCUACACAGAUUAUGAUGCUUGGAGUAACCCUUUAAAUUACUUUAUGUAGACUUACCUGUUCUGCAAUGCUCUUGAUAAACCAAUUUCUACGGAUGUGUGACAUUAUCGCUGAAUGAAAGCUGGGAAAGCACACUGUUGUGUUGCAUCUAGUGUAAAUUGCUAUUCACACAUUUAUUGAAUUUUUUAGGCGUUUUACUUGUUGUGUUUUUUUUUCCUUCUUCGUUUUCAAACUCUAAAUUGCACUUCUUGUGUUUUGCAGAACAAUUUGGUAGAAGAAUAUUUUGAAGCUCACAGCAGUUCAAAGGUUUUCACUUCAGAUCGGACACUGCAGAAACUUCAAACUCCAAAAUUAGAUCAGGUAUAUAAAGUAUCUAAUUUUCUUACUGUCACUUCCUAUAGUACUGUCAACACAAUGUUGGUCCACUUACGUGAGCACUGUACUUACACUUAAAUUAAGCGAAUCACAAUGCUGGAACUCAUGUGAGGUCUGGUCCCUGUCUUGUCCAUGCUCUAGGAAAAACCUCACAGGACGAGAUAUAUUAAGAUACUAUGUACAUUUCAGUAUACAUGGGUGAGCCACCUGUAAAUUUAGUGGAAUGGCCUCAUUCUUAUUCUCUCUGGUAAUUUGCAGCACACUUGGCUGCUCUGUUACCCACACCAUUAUUUGUUUUCUUUGAAGCAGUUGCAGGAACCAGUUGACGAACAACAGCUCUGCUAAUGGUGCUGCUAAAUUUAAAAGAAUUCAUAUAAUUUCAAGUAUAGAUAUAGUAUACCAUAAAAUAUAGUGUGGGUAUCCAGGAGCUUACACAAAUAUAAUAGAUAUAAAAUACAAGUGAUAAAUAAUUGGUUAAUAAAUAAGAAAAUCCAAAGUAGUAUAAAAGUCCUUGGUGAAAUAUCUAUAACAUAAGCAGGGAAAUCCAAAAUAAUAUAAAAGUCCUUGGUUGAAUACCUUUAGUAUAAGUAACCCUAACCAUUCUUGUGAAAACAACACAGGGCUGAUGGUACUGAUGUCAGAUAAUAUAACUAUAUAUAUAUAUAUAUAUAUAUAUAUAUAUAAUACACAAGAUCCAGCGCACUCACCUAUCCACUAAACAGCAACUUCAAUGUUGAAAGAUUUUAUUUGUUUUUUCUUAAAAACACCUAAUCUAGGCAAAAAUAAUGGGGGUUUAGUUACAUUAUAUGAUCAUACAUUGCAUAAGCCUGCCACAACGUCAAUGUACCCCAUCUUUGGCAGGUCCUACACUAACAGCCUAAUGUCUGCUCUUAUGAGAUUAACCUACUUGGGAAAAAAAUUCCAUCUGGGGCUCUCUGCAGUACAAGGCUAAAUAGGGCCCUGGGAUGAGGCACCUGUGACAGGGAGGGGUGCAAAACCAAGGAGUUGGCUAGACUCCCAAAUAUAUAUAAAACAAGAGGGGGUUGGCUGCACUCACCUUAACAUGCAUAAAUGGGGGUGCUGCUGGGGGCCAAAUAAUACAAUACACAAGAUCCAGCGCACUCACCUAUCCACUAAACAGCAACUUCAAUGUUGAAAGAUUUUAUUUGUUUUUUCUUAAAAACACCUAAUCUAGGCAAAAAUAAUGGGGGUUUAGUUACAUUAUAUGAUCAUACAUUGCAUAAGCCUGCCACAACGUCAAUGUACCCCAUCAUUGGCAGGUCCUACACUAACAGCCUAAUGUCUGCUCUUAUGAGAUUAACCUACUUGGGGAAAAAUUCCAUCUGGGGCUCUCUGCAGUACAAGGCUAAAUAGGGCCCUGGGAUGAGGCACCUGUGACAGGGAGGGGUGCAAAACCAAGGAGUUGGCUAGACUCCCAAAUAUAUAUAAAACAAGAGGGGUUGGCUGCACUCACCUUAACAUGCAUAAAUGGGGGUGCUGCUGGGGGCCAAAUAAUACAAUACACAAGAUCCAGCGCACUCACUUAAGAAAAAACAAAUAAAAUCUUUCAACAUUGAAGUUGCUGUUUAGUGGAUAGGUGAGUGCGCUGGAUCUUGUGUAUUGUAUUAUUUGGCCCCCAGCAGCACCCCCAUUUAUGCAUGUUAAGGUGAGUGCAGCCAACCCCCUCUUGUUUUAUAUAUAUAUAAAAUAUCCAAUAUGCUUGCACUCCUGGUGAAAACUGCUGCUAUUGCCCGGUGCUGAUCCAGCAAAAUUAGUAGAAAUCCAAAUAAACGGAGAGCACUCCAGGGUCUUUAUAAUGUAGUUAAAAUAUAAAUUUUAAUUCAUCAAAAAAUGAUAAAAUAACAUCAAUGUUUCGGCUCACAUCUGGAGCCUUCUUCAGGAUGACAAAUAUGACAUAUACAGACAUAACAGUGCAUAAUAUAUACAAAAUGGUUAAGUGCUCACCAUCAUCAUAUGAGUCAGGAGCAGUACCUGCUAAAAUCAACGAGAAGAAAGACGAUCAGCCUGAUCUGCCGAAAAAUCUGUCCGGUUACCAUGCUGUUAGCGUUCCAUGGUUGCUAGGCAACGGCUGGAACACACAGCAUAUUGCCGAUCGGCUGCUCGUAAAAAAGGAUUGCAGGAGCAAUAAUCCUCCACCAGCAAAGUAUGCUGCUGCUGGGAAAGGCUCACUGCCACCAAUGUUUCAUAUGUGAAUACAGUGAAAGAUAAAAUAGACCAGAGCAGGUCUCCAAAGCACACUAGUUGAAAGGCUGAGUGGAAGAUACAUGCGAGCGGCAGUAUAAAUAGACUUGCAUAGAAUGACUGUACAUUGUUGAGUAAUCCGUAUCAAAACUUGUAACAAACAUUGUAGUCAUCAGAUCUAUGACAAGCUAACAAUAUAUACCUCUUGGAUAUUAGAAACGGUGUAUAUUAUUCUGUAACAUUAAUAAAUGAACAGAACAUGCAGGUAUAGUUUUUAGAUACAGUUGCUGCUGUAGAAAAAUGGAGAAGCCCGUGCCCUACAAGAAUAGGAGGGGGGAGGGGAAAAAAAGUUACAGGUAGAGCAUGUAAAAGGAAAGUGGGAGACAACUUCACAUUAUGUGCAUUAGAGAAAAUUGCUAAAGGGCUAAAAAGCAUAUAUGAAAACUUCUAGAAGUCAGUGAUAGAGAAACAAUCAUUAUAAAACAAUGCCCCAGCUUGAUGUAUACUCGACCAAUAUAUAUUGCAUUUAUGUGGUUGAAUAGAAAUUACUGCAAAUCAUAGUCAUUGGGAAUAGUGCGCUCUCCUAGUUAUUAAGUAACAUAAUAAACUCCACGUCAAUAUAUUUAAAGAAUCAUAGACUUCAAGAGGCAUGGAUUAGAAAACGACACAUAUAUUUUAAAUAUUAAAUUGAGAACAUAAGGGCCGUUGAAAAUACUAUUUUCUCAUUGUUAGGCUACAUUGUCUAAGUCAUCAUAUUUAAAGGAACAUAGCAAAUGAUACUUUCUCGUUGAGGCCUUUAGGCCAUACUGUAUCAAGAGUUCUGAUCCAAAAUGUCUCUCUUUGUAAGAGUAGCUUGCUGCGGUCUCCCCCUCACAGAGAUGGGGGUAUGUGGUCAAUAGCCAUACAUUUCAAUGAUGACAGAGGAUGACCUAAUGACAGGAAAUGUUUGGCCACUGGUAGUUCUGCUUUAUUGUCUCUGUAUGCGGCUCUGAUAUAUACUUGGGAAUAUUUGUAAUAAAUUUAUCGGCUUUAUUUACAUUUCCAAUUACUUUUUCAAUACUGUGACACUAUUGCAUUUCAAUAUUGAGCAAUCAGUUCCUUAUACUGAUAUGCUCUGCUACAUAUCAUAAUUAUCUUUUGUAUUUAUUUAUAUAUAUAUAUAUAUAUAUAUAUAUAUAAUUACAUUAUCUGACAUCAGUACCAUCAGCCCUGCGUUGUUUUCACAAGCAGGGUUAGGGGUCACUUAUGCUAUAGGUAUUCCACCAAGCACUUUUAUAUUAUUUUGGACUUUCCUGCUUAUGUUAUAGACAUUUCACCAAGGACUUUUAUACUACUUUGGAUUUUCUUAUUUAUUAACCAAUUAUUUAUCACUUGUAUUUUAUCCCUUUUAUAUUUGUGUUAGCUCCCUGAUCACCACACUAUAUUUUAUGGUGUAUCUGUUUUUUAGGAUUUGGUGAAUUCCUUUUUCCAGUUUUAGAGCUAAUCUAUCAACUCUGUCUUAUUUCCUCAUUCCUUUCUGUAAUAUUCAUGUUUGAAUUCCAGAAUUUUGCACUUCAAAUCAUUUUAAACCUUGUGUACACUAUGACCUCCUAAUAAUCAAAUUGUUUGCAUCCACAGGAGACAUUGCGGAAGCUUCUUGAACAGUCACCCUCAGCGUUUGCUGGUGAAAUUGAAAGCCUGAACAAGCAGCAUGAGGCUCUGUUUUAUAAAUGGAUGCUACAGAUGCAGUGAGUUGAUUUGAUAAUGUUGUUAAUGUGUUUAUGUGAUGGAUUUGGGCUGCUAAUAAUUUCUAUUCCAAACUGCCUCCAGCAGACUGCGCGGGCUUUGCACUUCUCAUAAUUGCUCUGCUUUUCCUUAUUGUCUUGAUAGCUUUACUUAUUUACAAGGUGAAAAACCUUUUCUGCUCACCAAGAUAAUUUACGGAAAAGACGGAAAUGUUUAUACUGACGAAUGCCUAAGUCCAUAAUUUUAUAGUGAUUCAAAGCUGUUUUUGAAAUAUGGCAGUAUGUCAGUGUAACUGUUUUAAGUGUUGCUAAAUUUCCAUUAAAGGGACACCAUAGGAACCCAGAUCACUUAAUCUCAAUGAAUUGGUCUGUGUGCACUACCACUGGUAUUUUUCUUCUGCAAUGUAAAACAUUGCCAUCUAGAAGACAAGGCAAUGUUUACAUUGCAGGGCUGAACACACCUCUAGUCUAAGGGAUAAUAUUCAGGAAUUCAUCGGGAAGAACUUUGUUAUUAACAAUAAUCAGCAUGGUUUUAUGAAACAUAGGUCAUGUCAAAUAAAGAAGUAAGUAGAAGUAUAGAUCAGGGUGUUGCAGUGGAUGUGAUCUACUUGGAUUUUGCCAAGGCAUUUGAUACAGUUCCUCACAAUAGGUUAGUCUUCAAACUAAAUGAAAUUGGUCUAGAUGAAUAUUCUUGUUUUUGGGUAGAACAUUGGCUUAAGGAUAGAGUACAAUGAGUUGUUAUGCACUUCUGGGUCAAGAAUGCACAAGCAACUUAUACCCUAAAUGGUAGUGAAUUAGGGGUAACCACACACGAGAAAGAUUUGGGAAUUGUUAUAGAUAACAAAUUAGACAGCAAUAUGCAAUGUCAAUCUGCAGUUGCUAAGAUCAGUAAGGUUUUGUCAUGUAUAAAUAGGGGAAUAAAUUCUCGGGAUGAAAAUAUAAUUUUGACUCUUUAUAAAUCGCUGGUAUGACCAGACAUUGAAUAUGCUGUGCAAUUUUGGGCACCUGUUCUAUAGAAGGAUAUCAUGGCACUAUAAAAAGUGCAAAGACGAGGUACAAAAUUUAUAAAAGGAAUGAAGCAUUUUAGUUACGAAGAAAGGUUAAAAGGAAUGAAGCAUUUUAAUUACGAAGAAAGGUUAAAAAAUUAAAAUCUCUUUAGUUUGGAAAAACAGUGCCUCAGUGGGGAUAUGAUAACAUUAUACAAAUAUUUUCUGGGCCAGUACAAAUUGUUAUCUGGAAAUCUAUUCAUAAACAGGGCUAUACAUAGGACACGAGGUCACGCAUUUUGGCUUUAAAGGACCACUAUAGUGCCAGGAAAACAUACUCGUUUUCCUGGCACUAUAUUGCCCUGAGGGUGCCCCCACCCUCAGGGUCCCCCUCCCGCCCGGCUCUGGAAAGGGGUUAAAACUUACCUUUUUCCAGCGCUGGGCGGGGAGCUCUCCUCCUCCGAUCCUCCUCUUCUCCUCCCAUGCGGCUGAAUGCGCACGCGGGGCAAGAGCUGCGCGCGCAUUCAGCCGGUCACAUAGGAAAGCAUUUACAAUGCUUUCCUAUGGACGCUGGCGUGCUCUCACUGUGAAAAUCACAGUGAGAAGCACGCAAGCGCCUCUAGUGACUGUCAAUGAGACAGCCACUAGAGGAUUAGGGGGAAGGCUUAACCCAUUCAUAAACAUAGCAGUUUCUCUGAAACUGCUAUGUUUAUGAAAAAAUGGGUUAACCCUAGCUGGACCUGGCACCCAGACCACCUCAUUAAGCUGAAGUGGUCUGGGUGCCUAGAGUGGUCCUUUAAGAAAGGAGAUUUUAUCUAAGGCAAAGAAAAGGUUUUUUUACAGUAAGAACUAUAAGGAUAUGGAAUUCUCUGCCUGAGGAGGUGGUUUUAUCAGUCCAUACAGAUGUUUAAACAGCAAUUGGAUAAAUACUUCCAAAAACAUAACAUAUACAGGGGUAUAAUUUUUAAUUAGUGGGGUAAUAGCUGGUUGAUCCAAGGAGAUAUCUGAUUGCCAUUUUGGGGUCAAGAAGGAAGUUUUUCCUAGUUUAUUGCAAAAUUGGAAGCGCUUCAGACUUGGAUUUUUGCCUUCUUUUGGGUCAACAGUAAAAACAUAUGUGAGGAAGGCUGAACUUGAUGGACCCAAGCAAUGUAACUCUGUAAGUAGCUGUUAAAGACAGCCACUAGAUGUUGCUUCCUUAUUGACAACAAAGUCAGACUCGGUUCUUGGCAUUUGACAAUCUCAUGCAUUAAAUAAGAGGCACCAAGUUUAGACCACAUAAGACACAGAAAGUAAAAGUGGGAACCAUAUCUGUAACUGAAUGACAAGUGACUGGGAGAAUUUGCUGGCAGUACUAUCUCUUAAGCUAUUUUGUAAACACAAUUUUACUUUAUUUCUACAAUCAGCCUUGGAUUCAACAUCAUUCUCUUUGGCUUGGGAUCCAAACGGAACCUCAUAGAGAAGUUCCGAACAUCUCUGCUUCAGGAUUCUCUCCAUGUUGUUAUCAAUGGAUUCUUCCCAAGUAUUACUGUGAAAUCUGUAAGUGUUGUAUCUCUUUAGCUCUUAAACUUGCUAAAUCAUCCACAAAACAAGGUCACCUUUGCUUACUUGUAUAUUGAAUCUUUACAUUGUGCUAGAAUAAAUGCAUGCAAACUAAAAUGCGUAUGUAUGACUUUUUGCAGCUUUGCUGCAUCUUACACCUUAAAAGUAAAGUUCCACCUAAAUAACAUCAAUAUUUGAUCUGUCUUGGAUCUUUAUUUAAUUUGUAUUUCUCCAGGGAUUUCUCAGGAAUUGUCUUCUUUUCCUUCCACAGAUUUUAAAUUCCAUCACGGAGGAAGCCAUUGGACACACUGGGACAUUUCGAAGCCCCCUUGAUCAAAUGGAAUUCAUAGUACAGAUGUUUAAAGACAGUAAGUAGAAAAACUAAACCCCUGUUGUGCAUACCAAAGGGGAUUCUGCUUCACUAAGCUAUAUAUGAUUCUUUUAAUUAUAGUGAACUAAAUUCUUAUGGUAACCUAUGUCAACUAAUGAAUCCAACGUUGUUGUAUGUGUGUAAAUAUCCUAUCUAUCCAUCUAUCUAUCAUAAACAUUUUAUUACAUAAAAACACAAUUUACACUCCUCUAGGUGUGAUGUAAUAUCUCAUUGAUCAUCUGCUUUUAUGAAGGAUUACCUUCAAACAUAACUCAAUCACUUUCUUGAUGACAAUUAGCAGAGUUGAUUUAAGUUGUAUAAUAAAUUCUCAGUACUGUAUUCGUUGCACAUCUACAUAUGUAGUAUUUAUAUAUUUUAACUUUCAAACUGCACACGGAACCACUAAUCUGGACACUCCAAGCUAAAUAAAUCCCUACAGACAUUAAUUUAGUAUUGAAGUAUUCAUCUGUAGAAACAAUAAGACCACACUGACUACACUGACCAACUUUGUCUGUGAUUAAUCAUUAUUUUUAAUUUCUUUAACUUUGAAUAGAUUCCCCUCACCUCCACAGUAGGCUGCUCUAAAAAACAAAACCAAAAAAACCCAUAUAUUUUGCAUCAGAACACCUGUUAGAACACAGACAUUCCAAAUCACAAGAUUAAUUUAUUUCACAAAGGGAUUACAGAUAUCAAGCCAAGAGAACUAAACUGGAAAUAUUCUCAAACUCAGCUGUUUUUUUCUAGCUGUGCUCUUUUGGCUUCAAAUUCACAAUUACACUGACCGUUAUCCAAAGCCAUCCCUGAGUAAUAGUUAAAACAUGCUAAUCCUAUAUACACUUUUUUUGUGGAAUUGUCUGCAGAUCCAUCCCUUGAACUGUACCUUCUUGUUCAUAAUCUGGACAGUCAGAUGUUAAGAGGGGACAAAAGUCAACAGGUCUUGGCACAUCUAGCGUCUGUACCUAGGAUCCACCUCCUUGCCUCUGUUGACCACAUCAAUGCUCCUCUCAGUAAGUGGCGUAUUUUUAAAAUAAGCUACAUAUUUAAUGUAAAGUAGGUGGUAGUCUGACUUGAGUGUACGUGAUUGUCUUUUUGGUAUUUUAUACAUUUCAUUUUUACCAUGAUGGAUGCAGCAGAUGACCAUGAUAGGGCGUCCUAUAGUCCUUUAAACUUUCUUUGGGUGAUGAAUGAUUUACAAGCCAUGUGGUGUGAAUCCAGGGGUAUUACUGCCAUAUUGCUUUUUAUUUUUUUUCAUUGCUUUAAUUUAUUAACAUUGAUUACAUCAUUACAAUGGCACCUGUCAAGGGGUUUUAUGUAUUAGGCAGCAAGUGAACAGUCAGUUCUUGAAUUUUACAUGUUAGAAGUGCUAAGUGCUGCAGUGGGGCAGCUAGAGCACAUUACACGGCAACGCAACCUGAAAAUAAUGGGGAUCCCUGAUACCAUAGACUCUGGCGAGCUGCCGCAGUUUAUCAGAUGGUUAUUCUGUCACAUUGACACCCAAACAGGCAAAGCACUACCACUGGAUGGACUUUACCGCCUACCUGGGAGCCCUACCAACAAAACAUCUGUACCCAGAGUUGUUAUCCUGUGCUUUAAAUCACGGAAUGAUAAAGAAACUUUUUUGUUUCAUUCUUUACUUUUGUUGUGCAUAUUUAAUAUAACAAAAAUGCUUGCGAUGCCACAACAGCAGGAGCAAGCACAAUAAGAUCAACAGAGCAAGACAUUAGCAUUAAAUUAAAAUAACAGCACAAUUUGUUUUCUUAAAGAAACCUCAAAAUUCAGACUAGAAUACUGCACAAUUGUAGCAAAUUGUAAAAGGAUGUUAUACUGCAUAUAAUAGUCACAAAUAGUGAUGUCCCGAACUGUUCGCCGCGAACGGUUCGCGUGGACCCCAGUCAGCUGACACAUUCCAGCCAAUCAGCAGCAGACCCUCCCUCCCAGACCCUCCCACUUCCUGGACAGCUCACUAAGAAUGCAGCUUCAAAAUGGAUGCUGUCCAGGAGGUGGGAUGGUCUGGGAGGGAGGGUCUGCUGCUGAUUGGCUGGAAUGUGUCAGCUGACUGGAGUCCGUGGCGAACAGUUCGCGACCCAUUCGGCGAACAGUUUGGGACAUUACUAGUCACAAAGUGUCUGUAUAUAAGCAUCAAGCUAUACUGCACUGUCAAGUGUGUUACCACAGCUGGUUAACGGUAUAUAAGAAAGGUGCAAUAUAAACUAUGACAUCUCCGCUAUGCAUUGCUAAACAACAUGAGGGAAUUCACCAGGUAGACAUCUAAAAUAUAUGGCAGGCCCCUGUGAGACUAAAUUGAUUAUGGUGUGUUAGCUAAGUGAUAAAAACAAAAAGGUAGGCAACUGAUAGCAAACGUUAAAAGAAAACUAACAGACUAGCAUAGAACCACUGCCAGGUACAUGCUUAAUGGUAAAUAACGUCAGAGUCCAUACAGAUGUUCAAACAGCAACUAGAUGCAUACAUGCAAAAACAGAAUAUUCAAGGAUAUAAUUUUUCAAUUUAGGGUAAUAGGUGCUUGAUCCAAGGAUACAUCUGACUGCAACGUUUUUUAAGUUAAAGGUCACUCACCAUUUGUUUUUGAGCAACACUCAUUGAGCUUCUUCCAUGACCUCAACAGACCAAUGCUUUUGUGGCGUGCAUCUUUGAAAGAAGUGACCUCUUAGCUAAGAGUGGCUGAUAUUCAGUAUAAGCAAGGGACCCCACCGGUUCUUAUAGUUGAGAAAAGUGGUCAACGUUAUCAGCUAACCUAUGUGUCCAAAGCCGACUCAUUCCUGCCAAUCAUUGGGGCUGGCUAACGCUACCACCUCUCGAACAUCAGCCCUAUCCACCAGUGGGACAUGGAUAAUAUUGCUGUCUUCACACCUGCUAGCUCUACAGCACUGGGAAUGAGAUAGCCAAUGGGCCUGCUCUUCAGGGCCAGAUCCAUGUUGAAUAUGUUUUCUUUUCACAUGUUUUAUCUGUUUUUCAUUUGCUGCAGUUUUUUGUUUUUACGUUGCCGUUGAUGACUUAAUCUCAAUGGGUCAUUAGAAUACCAGAGAAUUAUGCUAUUAAGUAUGGACUUCUUUGCGCUGCCCCAGCUCUGGGUUUAUGGAGCUGUGCUUUAUAUAUUUAAGAUGGGCUAAUGUUUUGCUUUUAUCCAUAGAGCAUAUAGCCUAAUAUGCUCCUCAUGUAGUUAACAUCCCAUGACUUUCCUAUCGUAGGUCUUCUUGUAGUCCACAUAAGAUUUUCCUUAUGUCUCCAUAAGUCCCCGUGGUGGUCUGUGAUACAAUCAAUCUUGUAACGAGCAAGUACUUAAUGCUAAGGCUUUUACAUGAUUGACAUGUGUAUUUUACAUCAUCCCAUUAGUAUCUGGAAGUAGCCUAUGUCUCCUGCCCUAAUAUCUUAUUAAAGCCUGCAGGUUGACACAAGCUUCUGUAGUUUAUUAACCUGCAGCAUUAUCUUUCAGGCUAAUGACAUGUCUAUCUACUGUUAUAAAGAUCUUCUUUGGGAUUACCUUAUUUUUUUUUCACUAUAUCCUCAUGGGGCCUGGCUGUAGUUUAUAUGUUACUGAACCUACUAACUUUUUCUUUUUUUAGAUCACAGGUUUACUACAAGCAUCCGUAGUUUCUCAUCAUUCAGUCUUGCCUUCAUACAAACGAUACGUUUAUUGCUUUGUUUUAUCUGUUAUCAUGUCUCAGCUCUAGAUGUAACUCGUGCAACUACUUCUGUAGUCUAUUUAAACAUAAAAAAAAUCUAAAGGUUUAUCUUCAAGACAAGGAUGUAUGUUUUAUACCUUGUGCAACUCUGCAUUUCUGUCUUAUACUUAUUUUGAUGUGCGAACUCACCUGCAAAAAAAAAAAAGUACAAAGAAAGCAACGACGAACAACAUCAAGGUUAUGGGCGCCCAAGGUUCAUUGAUGUAUGUGGGAAGUGAAGGCUAGACCGACUGGUCCGAUCACACAUGAUGAGCUACUGUAAAUAAAAUUGCUGAAAACUUAUGCUGGCCAUGAUAGAAAGUUGUCAGAACACACACAGUGCAUUUCAGAUUGCUGUGUGUGGGGCUGGGUAGCUGUUGACAGACCAUUAUAACCCCCUACCCCCCUUCCACUGCUGUAAGCUCCUUCAGUGGAAUGUGAGUGUCAGAACUGGACUCUGAAGCCAUGGAAGAAGGUUGCCUGAUAUGAUGAAUUUUUAGAUUCUUUUAGAUCGUAUGGAUGCAUGUGCAUUGUUAUACCUGGGGAAUAGAUGGCAGCAGGAUGCACGAUGGGCUGAAUGCAGGCUGGCGGAGGCAGUGUUAUGCUCUGGGCAAUGUUUGCUGGGAAACCUUGGCACCUUGCAUUCAUGUGGAUGUUACUUUGACAUGUACCACCUACCUAAAGAUUGUUGGAGACCACAUACACCCCUUCAUUGCAAUGGUGUUCCCUGGAUAUGCUCUUAAUGUCUUGGUGCCAGAUAUCACAGGACAAAAGCAGAUUUGGCAAGACGAGGGGGACACAUAUUCGAUAUUGGGCAGCUGGUUUUAAUAUUGUGGCUGAUCACAGUCACAGUGUGUGUGUGUGUGUGCUGUUUUUUUUUCUUUCUUUACAGCAGAGCAUUCUACCAGCAUGUUAAUGCAUAGUAAGGAAAUCGAAUAGCUUUUACUUACAUAAUUAUCUUUUUUUUCUCUCCUUCAUCAGUGUGGGACCAGUCUAAACAGAGUCUGUAUAAUUGGUUAUGGUAUGAGACCACUACUUAUAGUUCCUAUAUAGAAGAGACAUCCUACGAGAACUCACUGCUGGUGAAACGCACCGGAGCACUGGCUCUCAGCUCCCUCACUCAUGUGAUGCGCAGCCUCACCCCCAAUGCCAGGUAAAACUUUGUCCUCUUUCAUAUUUGUUUCAACCCUAACACUAAUUCAGUCCUGCAUGAUUUCAUCAUUGUUAUUAAAAGAGCAUUAGGAAGUAUGACAUUAACAGUGGCCAUACAAUAAAUGUUCUAUGCAUUGUGUUCCAAGAAAUAAUAAAUAACAGUAGUAUAGGAAAGAUGGGUAGAUAGAAAAGAGGGAGAAGGGGGUAGAAAAGAACAGAGAAAAAAGGAAAACAUAUUGUAGGUUUUUCUAGGAUUUUUUUUCUUUUCUUAUAUUUGUGUCUGUUGAACAGCAUGGCAAUUCUUCCUUUCAUUAAUUUACUGUGCUGCACAAAAUCGGAGUCUUCAGAAACCGGACUUUUUUUUUUUUUAAUAAAAAAAAAAAAAGAAAUUGUGUCUUGAAAUGGCAGUUUUGACACCACAAUCGAAUAUGUUUUAUCAGUCAUUAGUUAAAUCCAAAUGGGCCAUUUUCAGCCUGGAGUAUCACUUGAACAAUGAUCUGGUUGUAUUUUUUAUUUCCUAACUGGUAGAAAGUUAAUCCUAUAUAUGUCUUGUGUUUCCAGAGGUAUUUUCCGGCUGCUUGCAGAGUAUCAGUUGGCUAAUAAAGACAACCCUUCUUAUUCAGGUACAUCGAGAAACUCUUCCCAAUUACAUCUAAUUUAAAAACAGCUUUUAACACUUCGCUCUGUACAUCUUAUGUACGUAUUAUAUAGCUGAGGGUGUUUCCAUGGAGCAUUGGAAGAAGGUUGUCUGGUCUGAUGAAUCACGCUUUUCUUUUAGAUCAGGUAUAUGGUCAAGUGCAUAUGCAUAGUUUACAUGGGGUAGAGAUGGUAGCAGGAUGCACAAUGGGAAGAAGGCAGGCUGACAGACAGUGUUAUGCUCUGAGCAAUGUUCUGCUGUGAAUCCUUUUAUCCUGGCAUUCAUGUGGAUGUUACUUUGACAUGUACCACCUACCAUGUACAACACCUUCAUGGCAGUGGUGGUGUUCCUUGAUGGCAAUGGCCUUUUUUGGCAGGAUAAUGCACCCUGACACACUUAAAAAAUAGUUCAGGAAUGGUUGGAGGAACAUGACAAAGAGUUCAAGGUGUUGUCUUGGCCUCCAAAUUCCCCAGAUCUCAAUCUGAUUGAGCAUCUGUGCUAUGUGCUAGAGCCACAAAUCCAAUCCAUGGAGACCCCACCUCGCAACUUGCAGGACUUGCUGGUAAUGUUUUGGUGCCGGAUGUAACAAGACAAGUUCAGAGUUCUUGUGGAGUCCAUACCUUGACACAUCAGAGCUGUUUUGGCAGUACGAGGAUGUCCUACACGAUAUUAGCAGGUGGGAUCGAACGAUUAUCGGUCUGGCCGAUAUUCGGUAUUUUCGGCAAUUCAUUAUAUACACACACUGCAUUCACUAUACACACACACUACACAAACACACACUGCAUUCAUUAUAUAUGCACAUACUACAUUCACUAUACACACACUACACAAACUGACACUCUGGAUUCAUUAUAUAUGCACACACUACAUUUACUAUACACACACUACACAAACUAACACUCUGCAUUCACUAUAUAUACACACUACACAAACACACUAUGCAUUCAUUAUAUACACACUACACAAAUACACACUACAUCCACUACACAAACACACACAGCUCCCCUGUCUAAAUACACUGCAUCCACUACAUGUGGCAUGUAUAUUUUGUGCAUUUACCUUUAGAAAUGGUUUAUUUUUUUAAAUGGUAAAUGUACAGAAUAUUGGCAAAUUAUCGGCUAUCGGCCUGAAAGUUGACAGAUUAUCGAUAUCGGCUCUAAAAAAAAAUCAAUAUCGGUCGAUCCCUAGUUUUAAUGUUGUGGCUGAUCAGUGUACGUUCACACAGUUAUUGCAUUCUUACAGUGUUUUUGUUUCUUCUGCAGGCCUUUCAUUUCAAGAUUUCUACCAGCAAUGCAGAGAAGCCUUCCUUGUAAACAGUGACCUAACACUAAGGGCUCAGCUGACUGAAUUCAGAGAUCACAAGCUGAUCCGCACAAAAAAGGUAAUUUGAUUUCAUAGCGUUUAUUAUAAGUCAGCUGAAGGUAAGUUUUAUUAAUUUGUGUGUCAUUGCUUAUUGUGAGAUGAACUAAAACUUCACGUUUAUUGCAUGCCUAGUAAGUCAGUAGUCUGCAAAAGAUUGGUGCGUUAUUCACUAUGCCACUACAAAAUGCAGGAGAAAAUUAAAGAAAUAAUAAAUAUCUCCCUGUAUUUGAAGGUUGGGGGGACAUUCAUAGGAAUGGAUUGAAAAAUGGGUUGGGAAAUGUACAUGUAGUGUGGGGAAAUUAAUUGGGAGGGUGUAGAGUAAUGGAAAAAGGGGUUUGUUUCAUCUAGAGAGGGAGGGGGGUGACCAAUAUAUGAAGAGAAAAGAAUAGGAAAAAGUGUGUAUCAAUAUCUUUCUAACAUGUUCCAGCGUGUUUUAUCUUGUAUCAUAUCAUAUCUUAUAAAAUAGUGCAUAUUUAUAUCACGCAUAACAAAAAUGAUUAGAUUAUUUGGCGACGGAGGGAGAUAAUAGGUAAUAUAUUCCUCUUGAAACAAUAUUGAUGACUCUUAUCGAGAAAUGUCAUCAUAGUAGAUGUUUGAUGGGAUGGGGUGGGAAAACUGCCUAGGGCCAAUAGUAUAGGAAAGAAACUGCAUUACUUUUAAGUCGAGUAAAAAAAAUAAAAAAAACAAUGCAUAAGUAGGUUGGUCUGGUCGUCUUUCGCCGCUUUUAGUCUGCCUGUAAGCUGAUAAGCUCCUCUUUAAUAAGGACAAUAGCUAAAGUAAUUGUUUUACGAAUGUCCUCCAACAAAGUCUGUAAACUGCCUCUUGUAGUUGGAAGGGAAACUUCCACCACUUCUUUUCUAGUUGGCAGUGCAUUCUAUAUGUCGAGGAGGUACUCUCUAGAUGAAGUUGAGAGAUCGUUCACAAACCAUAGUGAAUUGUGUGGGCUUGCAAAUAAAUUGUGGAUGUUUAGAGUAAUGGAGGGUUUAUCCACACUGCUUUUUGCCCUUUCCACCAAUCAUGUCCAGCCUCAGUACAAGUACAAAAUGAGCAGUUUACAUGGUUACGUAGUUGCAAAGAAACAUGCGUACGUCAAGUUCAGCCUUCCUAAAGGGCCAUUAUAAGCACCACAAAGACGUUAGCUUAAUCGAGUCAUAAAAAGCAACUUGGCUUUUGAAGCAGUUUUGUUUUUUGAAUUUGGCAGAUUGUAUUUUUGUGCAGCUGAGCACCGGGCAUUUAACCAAGAGGAAAGCAGGAGUGCAAAACACCAACAAAUUGUGUGUGUGUGUGUGUGUGUAUAUAUGUAUGUAUGUAUAUAUAUAUAUAUAUAUAUAUAAUCAUUUUUUAUAUAUUUUACUACUGCAUCUCAUUUAUGUUGUUUUUUUUUUUUUUUUUAUUGUUAUAGGGUGCAGAUGGAGUGGAAUAUUUGUUAAUCCCUCUUGAUUUAGGAACCUUGACAGACUUCUUAGAAAUGGAAGACAAGGAGUCCUAA